ACCACGUUGCCUUUUAAGGACUUGUUUGUUUCCCUGCCUUUUUUUUUCCUUUUUUGUGUCUGUGUAUGAAACAAAAUCUUUUCCCCCUCUCAAUCCACUACUUAGAUCAAGACAAUCAAAAGGCAUGUUUGGACAUCCAGAGACAGAUAGAUUAGAUGAGAUAAUUACAAAGGUGAGAGCAGAGGGAGAAGCAUCUUGUCAAAUGGGAAGGAAGCAUUUCUAUGGUCCAACUCCAGGGACAACCUUAAACACAGUAACCCCUUGUGCAGCAUGCAAACUUUUGAGAAGAAGGUGUGCUGAAGAAUGCCCUUUCUCUCCUUAUUUUUCACCACAUGAGCCUCAGAAGUUUGCUGCAGUCCACAAAGUGUUUGGUGCAAGCAAUGUUUCCAAGAUGCUAAUGGAGGUACCAGAAGGCCAAAGAGCUGAUGCAGCAAAUAGCCUUGUUUAUGAAGCUAACUUGAGGAUAAGAGAUCCAGUGUAUGGAUGCAUGGGUGCAAUAUCAGCUUUGCAGCAACAAGUUCAAAGAUUACAAGUAGAACUAAAUGCAACAAGGGCAGAGAUACUAAAAUACAAAUAUAGAGAGGCUGCAUGUAUCAUUUCUUCUCAUCAUCAUGUUGCUUUGGUUUCUUCUGCAGAUGCAAUAUCAAUAGCAGCAAUUCCUGCAGACUCAUCACAAGGUCUUUCUCAACCUCAAAUUCAACCUCAUCCUCCUCCUCCUCCACCAAAACCAUUGCCUUCUCCUCCUCCACCAAAACCAUUACCUUCUCCUUCUAUUCUCCUUUCAUCCUUGUCUUCAUCUUCAGCUUCUUCUGUGUACACUCCUCCUAAAAGCACAAUGAGCCUUGGAUCCAUUUCCACCACUGAAAAUGUCCCAUACUUUGUUUAAGUCCAUUUGUUUACUAUUAUUCAUUUGAUGUAGGAAUAAUUAAUCAUCAUGCUUUUCUCAACAGAGUAGAAUGUAUCACUUGGUCAUCUAGCUAGAGCUUAUUAUGGGAAAGGGAAACCCCAUUACAUAUUCAUAUGCUUUUAGUGGUAUUUUCUACUCUUUUGAUGUGAUUUUUCACAAACAUUAUUAUUAUGGUCUUAUUUUUAUACAUCGUCUAUUUAUGCUUAA